CACCUAUAGCACACGACAGCAAUCAUGGCUGCUCCAGUUCCUACCUUCAAGCUCGUCCUUGUCGGUGACGGUGGUACCGGAAAGACCACCUUCGUCAAGCGUCACUUGACCGGAGAGUUCGAGAAGAAGUACAUCGCCACGCUCGGUGUCGAAGUCCACCCUCUCAAGUUCACCACGAACUUGGGUGAGAUCCAAUUCGAUGUCUGGGACACUGCUGGUCAAGAGAAGUUCGGAGGUCUCCGCGAUGGAUACUACAUCAACGGACAGUGCGGUAUCAUCAUGUUCGACGUGACCUCCCGUAUCACCUACAAGAACAUCCCCAACUGGCACCGUGACUUGGUCCGUGUUUGCGAGAACAUCCCGAUCGUCUUGACCGGCAACAAGGUCGAUGUCAAGGAGCGCAAGGUCAAGGCCAAGACCAUCACCUUCCACCGCAAGAAGAACCUCCAGUACUACGACAUCUCCGCCAAGUCAAACUACAACUUCGAGAAGCCUUUCCUAUGGUUGGCUCGCAAGCUCGUCGGCAACACCACCCUUGAGUUUGUUGCCGCACCCGCUCUUGCCCCGCCGGAAGUCCAGGUUGACCAGGCCACCAUGGAGCAGUACCAGAAGGAGCUCGAGGAUGCCGCUCACGCUCCUCUUCCUGACGAAGAUGACGCCGACCUUUAGAAGAUUGGUCGUGUCAAUGAUGAGAGAUGACCCGGCGCGAUCCAGGACACGGCGAACGUCUACCGGCCGUCUGAAUUGCAAGAUGCAAAAUUCCAGCCGUGCCGCGCAUUGCGCAAAAAGAUAUUUUGAUUGACGACGGGGAAAUUAUGGAUGGACAUUCACAACAGCGUGAACGAAGGAAACGGCAGUGGGGACGAUUUCGGAAGUCUAGCUCCUCGAAUGGCGUCGACCGUCAACUCGCGCGGAGCUCAAAAACCACCAGCUUCGAGGUCUUGUGACGGGAAUCUGCCUGAUGCGGAAGCGGCUCCGAUAUGGCUCACGAAACUUUCUUGUUUAGAUAGAUGAAAAACCAACAUGAUGAUCAAGACUG